UUUUUUUUUUUUUCACUUAAGAUAACGAGAAAAACUCCUUUCAUCAGCUGCUGCGGGCAACAAGAGGCGCACGUUAGCAGCGAUGAAGAUAGCGAGGGUGAGGGAUGGCGCAGUUUUACUCGGUGCGCACACCCCUCUCAAAGCUCUAUACUCUUUCAGAGACAGCGGCUUCUUACAGCUCAGAAAUGGAGCUUCUCUACACCCACGAAUCUCUCCUCUCACUGUCAGAUUCAAGAGCUUCUUUCACGAGCAAUCGAAGGUGGAAGAGAAGAAAAUGAAGAAAUGCGAUUUCUCUUGUGGGUUUUCAUUUUAUUCGGAUUUCGAUGGAGGAAAGGCGUCGGAUUGGGAUUUCGUCGUUGUCAACUUCUACCGCUUUGUGUAUAUCAAAGACCCAGAAGAGGAAAUUUCAAAGCAUCUCUCCUUCUUGCAGGGUCGGGACAUACAUGGUCGAGUAUAUGUGAAUGAGCAAGGUAUCAAUGCACAGUACAGUGGUCCAUCUAAAGAUGCUCUAUCAUAUGUUGAGUGGCUAAAACAAGACCGCCGGUUUUCUGAUAUUUUGGUCCAGAUCUCACCGGCUCUAAGUGGGCAUGCUUUUCCACGAUUGAAACUCCAGUAUAAACCUUCCCUUGUACAGUUGGAAGGAGGUAUUUCACACCUUCCAUUGCUUGACCCUGCGAUGCGAGCUACCCCACUAGCACCAUCUGAAUGGAGGAAAAGAUUGGAAGCUGUAAACAAUGUUGAGAAAACAUCAUUUAGAGCAGAUAGGUCAGAUCUUAACAGGAAGUUACUGCUACUGGAUGUCAGAAAUGGCUAUGAGUGGGAUGUUGGUCAUUUUCAAGGAGCUCCACGACCUGAUGUAGAUUGCUUUAGGAGCACUUCUUUUGGGCUCUCAGAAUCAGGGCUAACUGCUUCAGACCCAUUAGCCGGCAUUGAUAAAGAACACACAGAUGUACUGAUGUAUUGUACUGGAGGCAUCCGUUGCGAUGUGUAUUCUGCAAUCCUUAGACAAAAGGGCUUCCAAAACUUGUACACUUUAAAAGGAGGUGUGUCAAAUUACCUAGAGAGUGAAGGUCCCGUUGAAUGGGUGGGAAACUUGUUUGUUUUUGACUCCCGGCUUUCACUGCCGCCUGCUGCCUACAAGUCUGAGGCUGCAGCUGAAGGAGAAGCUGAACUUGUGUCUGAAAACAGUACCUUUGCAAGAUGCUAUAUAUGUGGGUCACAAAUACAUGAAUUAAGGCAUCGAAACUGUGCGAAUCUCGACUGCAACCUGCUUUUUCUAUCAUGUUCCAACUGCGUGAAGGAAUUGAGAGGGUGUUGCUGUUCCGAUUGCACAUAUGCUCCUCGAAUUAGACCUGUUUUACCAGGGCAUCAGAGAUACCAAAAAUGGCAUAUUUAUCGAGACGCAGAGGUUCAAAGUCAGUCUGUAAUUUGACCAUAUAUCAGUCCCCUUUGUUCAUGUCAAGAACAAGAUAUCAAUCUCCUUUGUUCAUGUCAACAACGUUAUGGUGGCGGCGUUGUAUGACAGGCGUGGAUUCAAGAUAUAUGAGGUUUUGGUAUUCAUAAUGAUAUAUUUUCUUUUGGAUAGA